AAUGGUGGAUGUACAGUUUUCUCUGCGGGUUCUAAGGAACAACUCAUCAUUUCCAGAUAAGAGACAGACAAGCGUUAUCAUGGGAGAUAAGUGUAUGCUAAGACAUACAGCCUGUACUGAACUGUGCUAUCACAGCUGUUGCCAAACGAAUGAACAAACACCGUCCCAGAAAACGUCACUUUCUGACGUUCAUGUAAAUUGCUCCUAGUUCAAGAUAUCUUUGCCCUGGCCUUGAUUCGUGCCCCACUUCUUGUGCAGUUUGACCUACAUUUAUGGGAAGCUUUUGGGUGAUCCAGGGCUUUAAUAUCAGUGUGAAAUAACACAGUGGACAAUGUCGGCACCUGCUGUAUUGAAACCCAGGGAUUUUAAACCUGGUGUCCCUGACUGGUCAACACUACACCAGCCUUCAGGAGACCUCUUCCCACCCGUUAAGGAUAAAGCAGAAUGGAGCAGCUACAAGUUAACACCAGAGCAGGUUAGCCAGUAUUGGCGAGAUGGAUUCCUUCUCAAUGUUCCUGUUCUUACAGAAGAUCAGUGUGACAAAAUUCUUCAGGAUUUCAAGUAUUUUAUGGAUCCCAAUCAGCACCAUCCUGGCCAUGCCAUGUUGUAUGAAUACCACUCCAACCAGAGUUCCGACCCUAACAAUGUGUUGAUUCAUACCUUGGGACACUGGAGACUCACCAGUUACCUACAUGACCUGCUGUUCCUGCCCCAAGUUGUGGUCCCAGCCUCACAACUUAUUGAUGAAAGUCACCCUGAUGCAGCAGUCAGAUUUUGGCAUGACCAGCUGUUCCUGAAGCCAGCCAAGCAUGGGGGUGUGGUGGCAUGGCAUCAAGACUAUUCCUACUGGACAAGAACUACCCCUAUGAAGCAUUUGACAGUUCAUAUUGCCCUCGAUGAACAGACGGAAGAAAAUGGCUGUCUCCAGUACAUACCUGGAUCCCACAGGUGGACCAGAGACGGAGGCCCUCUUCCUGUCUUGGACUUUAAUUUCAAGGAUAUGGAAGGUAUUAAGACAAUUCUGGCAGAGGAGGAGAAGGCAGCCUUCAAGCCUGUGCCCAGUCUACUGAAGAAAGGCCACGCCAGCUUUCACCAUGCCCUCUCAGUGCAUGGCUCUUAUGGAAACAGGUCCGACGGUCCAAGACGUGCAGCAGUAUUAAACUAUUUUGCUGACGGUGUGCUUAGCAACACUGAUGACUUCAUGAUCAGAGCAACAAGUGGGACAGAUACUGAUGAAAAUAUUGUUGAGGAACUCCUGAAUGAGGGGAAAAUUCCAAAGGGCAACAAGAUGGAAGGGCAGUUCUUCCCCCUGGUAUAUGACCCAGCCUGGGGAGCAUGAGAUACAACUAACAAUGAUAGAACAAUAUGAUAGCAUUAGGAAAAACAAAAUUAUAACUGAAAUUAAAAUGCAGCAUUCAUUCAUUUAUUCAUUCAGAACUGCUUUGGGGGUUAGUUGAUAUUCAGAGCUGACGCGGACCAGCUCCUACAUUUACAAAUUACCAUAGAAA